UUUAACUAGUUAAAACGAAAUUUUGAGUUUUUCGAUCAAUGAUCAAUUACAAUAUUCACCUUGAUAUUUUAUAGUUUUUCACUCUUUCAAAGGACAUCUUAUAAGUUUAAAAUAUGAAUGAAGAAAUAAAACCGCCGAGCGGAGACACUAAAAGUAGCGAUUCUGAAUCAACCAAAUUCUUCGGAUCAACAAUUCUAUUUGUCCUGCUCAUAGCAAGCUACAUAUUAUGGUUUUCACUAGGUUUGGCAAAACUCGUUAUUGGUGCUGUGUAUGUUAACGACUGUGAUGAAGUAGAAAUGAUUCCAAUAUGGCUAAUUAUUGACGGUUUUGUUUAUAUACCAUUCGCUAUAGGACUUAUCCCGUUUUAUAAAGGUAGCAGUGAUUCAACAAAACAUUAUGCCAAGAUUCUCCUUAUUGUCGGAAUAGUUGUUUCUAUCGGCUGGAAUAUAACUGGUGCUGCAUUUAUUUACCCAAACAACAACAAUGAUGUGGACUGCAGUAAGGUGGCAAGGUCAUUUGCAUUUGCUAUGUUGACAACAAACUGGGGAACCAUCGGUAUAUGGGGUCAGCUUGUUUUUCGAGCCCUAGCAGAUGGGAAAAGCUGCUGUUAGGAAAAUACACUCCUGCCGAUUUUGGAUGACUUUACAGAUGCACCGCAAUGACGAUUACUGACAACUUUCAAUUUUUAAUGAUCACAAUCGAAUAUUCAAUGUAAUAAGAUAGAAACAAAUCUUUGAAUAAUUGUUUCAGGAUUGAAUUACAAAUGCCGUGUAUCAUUUUUAAGUAACACUAGAAGUACAUUAAACCGUACACGACUUGCAUGGGUAGUUCAAAUGGGAUGUACUUUAUCAGCUUCAAACCUCAAUCAGUAGUAAAUUGCUUUUAAUUUGUCAUAGAAGUUGCAAACAAUGUAGGUUUUUUCUCCCAUUCCUAUCAUUUGGAGUAUCUCGCUGAUUAUCCAAUGUCCUUUCGACAGGGGUUUAAAUUUUGCUUAAUAAUCAUAAUAAAAGCCUGUGACAUAAUAUAUAAGCCAUUAGUUCCCUUUCCGCCAAUCUUCUGAUCAUUAUAUAAUAGCCGAGGUGUUCCGAUUGCCAAGAUUAUAGUGUUGUGUGAGGUCAAUUUAAAAGCUUUUACAGAUCAACCAUACUGCAGUAUACCUCACAAUCUGAGUAAAUUUCAGAUCUACUUUAACAGCGCAGAACUUUAAGAGCUGGUCUGCCUGUUAUUUUUAUUUUGUUUUUAUUCAUUAUUUUGCCAUUUUUAACCAUAUUGACUAUAUAAAGUUACUACAAAAAGUGCUGUUUUCCUUUUUCACUUGGAACGCCUUGCCCCUUAAAAAGGAUUGAACGCAUUUGAAUAUUUUGUCGUAGUUGAUCUUCAGUUCUAAUUUGUUUUCCACAAGUAAUGGCCCGUG